UAUAGUAUACAUUUUCUGAUAAGAACGUUUGUAGUUGUUUGCAAAACGGAAAAGAAAACAAAUGCAAUAAAUUCUGAAUUAAAAAUGCCUUAAAAAUUGCAAAUUGGUCAAGUAGACCAAUGUGAAUUCCAAGUGCCAUUAUCUAUGGAAAUGGAGCGUCAAUCAAAACUCAGCGUUAUCCAGUGAAAACUCGCACAGUCAAAAUCACAGCGCACUCCCCCCACCCGUCUAGUAACUACACCUCCCACAAAGCAGACAGACGUUCAUCUGUCAGUUAUUCCAAAAAGAUGUCGAAUGAUGUGCAAAUAGCGCGCGUUGCCAAAAUUGGCGCCGAUGUAGCGCGUCGUCAAUGCAAACAACGGGACAUCUCGAAGGGCAUCUCAAAGGGUGUCAUCAUUGACGAUGACAUCGAGUUUGUCUUUGGCAGCAUAUCGCCGCGGGGCGGGGGACCUCCCUCUUGUCUGGGUCACCAGCAGAAGCAGAAGUCGGAGCUGGAUUCGCCGGAGCACACGCAGCGCGACACCACUGAGAGUGACAACAACAUCUCCAGCUGCUCCACGCUGGACAUUGUCAACAAAGUUGAACAGUUGUCGGUGCAGCAGCUCGAGAAUCGAGUGCGCGAGCUGACGCAGCGUCUGCAGCAGGCGGAGCGCCAACUGACCGAGAGUCAAGCGGAGCGCGACAUGUGCCACAAGCGGCUGGAGGUUGUCAGCCAGGCGCACGAAUGUCGCAUCACCGAGAUGCACUGCGUCAUUGCGGAGCUGAGCAAGAAACUGCGCAGCAAACAGGAGCAUAUCAUUGUGGAGGAACAGGAGCCAGAGAACGAGGGCAGCGAGCUAAGCUAUCAGGAGGGCUCCAUCUACAACUCCGAGUUGAAUCUGACCAAUGCGGAUGCCGACGGCGAGUGUCAGACGGAGCCACUGGAGGAUUACGAAGGCGCCUGCUCCAGCGCCGACAACAUGCACAUCAAGCCACAGGAAACUGUGCUGCACAAGGGACAACUGGAGGCACUCCAGGAGGAGGUGCUGCAUCUGCGUGCACAAAUCUCGCUGCUGCAGGCUGAGAUUGCCACCAAGGACAAGGAUUCUGCGGUCGUCGAGGAGGAUCAAAGCAAUGUCAUCUACUUCGCCUGCGAAUUGGAGGCCAACGAAAAUGGCAAUGACAGCGAACUAAAUGAUUUGAAUGCCUGCGUUUCAGUGACGAGUCCUCAGAAGUGCGUCAAGAUGGCAGAGCGCGUGAAGCUUCGCUGUGCCAGUAAAACUGAACCCGAAGCGGACACUUUGCAGGACGAUGAGAGUCAUGGCGAGCUGAGCAAUGAGGACAUCAAUCUCGUGGAGCAUUUGGUGUGCAAACCCAAUGCGCUAAUGGACAGUUUGUUGGCGCCUUUGCAGCUGGAGCUGGAGCGACUGCAGCGUAAAAUGGAGCAACUGAAGCUGCGCAACACAUUGCUAUCUUUAACCUUGGAUGAGUCCAAGGAGCACACCGAACAUCUCUAUUUGCUGUGUGGCAAAUACGAGUCCAAUGCAGUGGCGCUACAACUGGCGCUCAACUGCAGCGAUCGCGCUAUUGAAGCCUACGAUGUGAUGCUGGCGCUGCUGGAAAGCAGAUUGGCGAUGCUUAACGACAAAUCAGCAGCAGCGGAAGAGAGUCGACGCGCCGUCGAAUCGGUGGCACAUCAUCUGCUCGUGAGGUUGGAGAGCGAGAAGAACCUCUGCGAGAAUAGUCUGGGUCCGUGGCAGCACAACAUCAAUCUGGGUGUGGAGGAUGCGCCCAAGGGCAUGCGACAGUGGAGUGCCGACGAUGACAAUCGUUUGCGCUAUCACGUGUCCAAGUUGAAAGGACGUCGCUCUGUGGUGCAGCACACCAUUGUCAACCUGGAGUCGCCUUUCAGCGAUGUGUAUGAGAAGAAGCGUUUGGCGUUGGAAAAGAAUCACGAGUUGCGCGCACAUGAGAAGGAGAAAAAGUCACCCAUAGAUCUGGAGACGGCGGUCAUAAUGCAAGAGCUGCUAGAGCUGCGAGAUCAAAACCAACAGCUCAAGGCUAAGAAGGAGGAAGCGGAGCGAGAGCAACAACAUGCUAAUGAGCGUGUGAGCAUUCUGCAUGAGGCACUUAAACAGCUGCAGGCGGCGAAUCGUGUCUCCUACUCGGAGGCGGAGCAGGCAGCACUCACAGAGCAACAGCUAGUCGAGGCGUUGAGUCGCGAGACGGAGCUAAAGGGACGCAUUCAGGCGCUGCUGAACAUCAAUGCCACACAAAAGGCCAGCGACGACAAGUGCGAGCAACUGCAGCUGAAUAUGCGUGAACUGCAAAAAUCUAAUCAUAAUCUGGGUCAGCUGCUGGAGCAGAGCAAGCGCAAGUAUCAGCAGCGCAUCAAAAAGCUGGAGCAGCGUCUGGAGCAACAACAGCAACAACGCGUUGUGCCCGAGACAACGCUGUAGAGAGAGGGGGGGAUUGAUCUAUGUGCUUUGAGUGAUCUCGUGUUUUGGAGCGGCGCCUGCCACAUAUCCUGCUAACCGCUAAACGGUUCUCCGUAUCCUUAUCGUUUUUUGUAAUUCAUAUCGCCGCUGCUGCUGCCGCCGCCCACCGCAAAACGCUCCAGAUGCGAGAUUGCUCAAUAGCCAUAUAGAUAGAUAUCACGA